CUCCACCAGUUUUGUUCUCUCUCAUGGUUAACGUUGACUUAAGAAAAAAAACACUCUGAAAAUCCACGUCCAAUAACCCAUUUCUUUGGCCACUUCCAUGGCUGACCAAUUCCAUAUUUUUCACCUCUCGAAAUUGUUGUUUGUCUUCUCCUCUCAUUCUUCCAUCAUUGGAUCAUGAACAACACCGCAUCGGAUUCCAGUGACGACGGACUUCUCGCAUCCAACAACAUUAGUGGCUUCGGAUAUGGCAUCGGAGUUUCAGUCGGAGUCCUCCUCCUUAUCACCACCAUCAUUUUGGCUUCCUAUUUCUGCACCACCAGGACUCAACCGCAGCAAGAAGCACAUUCGAGAAGGUCUCGGCAACGGCGACAAGAGCGGCCUAAUAUCGGUACGGAUUGCUUCGUGGUCGAUGUAGGCCUCGACGAGGAUACGAUAAAGAGCUACCCGAAGCUGCUUUACUCGGAGGCCAAGCUCCAGAAGAAAGAUUCCACGGCUUCAUGUUGCUCAAUAUGCUUGGCGGAUUACACGAGCAGUGACCGGCUUAGGUUGUUGCCUGACUGCAACCAUCUGUUCCAUGUAAAGUGUGUUGACCCUUGGUUGCGGUUGAACCCGACAUGUCCGGUUUGCAGGACAUCUCCCAUCCCAACGCCUUUGUCCACGCCUCUUGCCGAGGUGGUUCCGUUGUCAAACAGACAAGGUGGGUGAUGUCAACAAAACUGUUACUUCUAUAUCUGUUCAAUUCUUCAUCAUUAUUCCAUCAAUGUAU